GAAAUGGCACUUUCGGAAAGGACCGGGCACUACCUGGGCACUGCCAUAUAUACCCUGGCGCUGCGGAGGGUAUCAUGGCAUUCCACCGAGGACCGCUAGGGAUUCAGUGCUUGUGAUUCUAACUCUGAAAGCAGACAGAAUGGGAGAGAGGUGCGUCUUCACGAGCUGCUGCUGCGGGUGCUCGCUCCGGACGGGGGCCCUCGUCAUCGCCGUCGUCAGUCUGGUACUGUCUACUGUCGGUGCAGCUUAUGGCGCCUACGUGGGUUCAAAUGGAGACAGCGAGGGCUGGGUGGACUUCUUCAUCGACUUGGUCAACAUCAUCCUGGCGGCCAUCCUCCUCCACGGCAUUCGGACGGAGAGGCGCGACCUCGCCCUAGCGUGGGUGUGGGGCACGGUCGUCAUGGUGGGCAUCACCGUCAUCGUGGGCAUCGUGAUCCUCGUCCUCACGCCCACCGUCCUGGGCGCCGUGAUCCUCCUGGCGGCGGCGCUGGUGCAGAUCUACUUCAUCCUGGUCGUCAGGUCCUACGCCCUCACGGUGAGCUCUUAGGGGCGUCUGACAGGGGCACCUCCAUCAAUUUAGCUUUACGAAAAGGAUUAACUACCAUUGUUAUUGCUACCAGACAUCUUCCGAUCCAUCAGCUGUUGCGAAAGGACCUCCAUAUGUAUACAAACGACCGGCCAUCUAUUUACUUGUCUGUGAUUGCAGAAGAGGUUUUAUAUGAAUAACGUUUCCGAUCUGAGAAAAGUGGAAUAACAUGGAAUAACGAGUCUCUACAAAGGUGGUUAAAAUAGCAUUUUUUUUUCCAGCUCGGAGCUCCUGUUC